ACGAUAUACUUUGACUGUUCGCAAUUUUGGCGUAGUUUAUUGAUGGUGGUUAUUCGGAAAGUGCGCACAGUUUCUCACAAUGAAGUUUAAGACAUUUUUAUUUGUUAUUUCGUUUGUUGUCCCGGAAUGUUUUUCCCAAGACUCUCAAAAAUGCCAAAAUCAGGUUAUCGAUAACGACAAAGGGCCAAACAUUGACUGGACAAAUCACCUAAUAAAAUUAGAAAAUGAAUCUGAUGAUAGACCUGUCAAUUUAGUAUUUAAGUAUACAGGAGAAUUAAGUGUAACGUUUUCUGAUGAGCCUGAAUUUGGUGCAAAAUAUAUAGAUAUCGUUGCAGAAAAUAAUCAACUAAGCUUCAAAAGCAACGAUAACUAUACAAAGAUUGAGGAAGAUCCAAACAUACAGUCUUACGUUAUAGGAAACACAAUAAGUUUUCAAAGAAAAUUCACUUUAAAUUGUGAUGCAGAGCAAGAUAUUUUGAACCUUUUAAUAAACAUCAAAGAUACAAACAACCAUGAUCCAACUUUUGCCAAAACCAGUUACAGCUACGAAAUGCCUAUGCCUUUAAUCCCAAAUAUUGACUUGACCGGAUUUGGCGACGAUAUAAUUGUAACAGAUUACGAUUUCACCAAUGACAAUGUAGCAUUUACUAUUGACAAUACUGCUUUCGAAGUUACAACAAAACACAACAAUGGUUCCAACAGUUACACGGCUGUUGUAAAAGUUAAAAGUUAUACAUAUCUUUCAAAGGACACGCAACUGACUCUUACAGCAACUGAUUCAGGAGAGCCGCCACGAUCAAGCUCAACCACAAUUCAAAUAAAAAUUGAUGAAAGCAACAGUUUACCCGACAUUCCUUCAGUACCAGAAGCUUCAUAUCAGUUUGACUAUGCUAUUGGUGAUGAUAAAAAACCAGAACUGACACCACUUGGUGCGGACAUAAUAGUAACCGCCAGUGAUUCUUCCAAACUUACAGUAAAACUAGAAAGUAGUGACAUUGCUCCCGAUGAUUAUUUUACCGUCGAACUUGACAAAAAUUCACAAAAAGUAACAAUAAAGCCCACUGACAAAGUCAUAGAAGCUUCACCGAACCCCGUGCUGGUUUUAACCCUCGUGUUAACUCUAAACGGAAAAGAAAAAGACAGCAGCAAAACCGCGAUUCUGGUAAACCUCCCAACUGAGAAAAUUAUCACCAUACCACAAUUCGGUCAAGCGUACUAUGAGGCCCAGUAUAUAGUUAACGAUGAUAAAGACACCGUGGAGCUGUCGACAGAUAUUACAGUUUCCGAAAACGCUGAGGUCACACUUGUAGAUGACGAAAAACACUUUAGUAUAAGCAAGGUUGGUGAUAAGUGGCAAGUAACUGUGCUGGCGGAUUUGGAUAGUAGUGACUUGAAAAAAGGUGAUAUCCCCUUGGAACUUCAAGCUACAGUAGUUGUUGAUAAAGAGUCAUACGUUGGUUUUGCUACUUUGAUUGUUAACCUUCCUCAAGUUGACUUGCGGUUUACUAAACCUUACUACACGGCAACUUACACCGUUAGCGAGGGGGACGCCCUUGAUACGUUAGCAGUGGAUGGAGACAUUGCACUGACUUCACCAAGUGGUGAUGUUACAGUUGAAUUAGUUGACAAUCAGGAUUAUUUCACAUUAAGUUAUAUUGCGAGUUCUGGAACAUGUACGGUAGAAGUUAAGGCUGAUUUAGAUCAACCUACUUUGCACAAAGGGGGCGAUUUGAUCGUGAAUUUCAAAGCAACACUAAACGGUGUUGAGGAACUAGGUGCUUUGGUCAUCACAUUACCGGAUGUUGUUGAUGCAAAAUUUGUUGAUUCCAAUUAUGUGGCUAAUUACGUAAUUACCACCGAUGGAGUUACAGUUAAUAUAAACGGGGCUCCAAUCUCGGUAAAGCCCCCCAAGCCCUCCAGUCAAGACAUUACUGUCAGUUUCAAACAAGUGAAUGAUAAUUUUAAAAUCGUGAAAAACGUGGACCAAUAUCUUAUCAGUGUUACAACUCCUUUAAACGCCUCGGAUUUGCUAACGCGAGAACCUAAAGUUUUCACUUUGCAAACAAACACCGUACCGGUUGCUACAAGUACUUUGGUUAUUGAAUUACCAGACGUUCGGCCCAAAUUCACCAAAACUUCCUAUGACGCCACUUAUAAAGUUGAUGCUGCAGGAAGUGCAACAGUUGAACUAAAGGACACGAUUGAAUUAAUUACAAUACUGACCCCGAAACUCACUUUUACUGGCUCCUUUGGAGACCAUUUCUCUUUUGAUCCCGACAAAGAUCCACAAAUUAGUGUCACAACUAAUCUAGACGAAGACGUUGUAAAGACAAACCCAGAAAUUUUACUGACACUACAAGCAACUAUUGAGGGUUCUAGCGAGACUGAAACGACAAUCAUUGUCCUAAAAUUGCCAAACGAUGGGACAACAGACACGUUGCAAUUUGAGCAACCAUCGUAUGUUUUUUCGUACAAAACUGGCCAAGACAAGCCUUACAUUGACAACGGGGGGCAAAGUAUAAGUCUAGUCAAAGUACACACUGACGCUGAAAUUACCAUCACUGGGACGUUUAGUGAAAAUUUCGAAUUGUCAGGCACCGAUAACCAAUUUAGCCUUGGCAUCAAAACUCCCUUAAACCAAACCGUCCUAGACACCGAACCUGACAUUCUUCUCGUUCUGGACGCAAGUCUGGCCGGUCUGGACGAUGGUUUCGCCACGAUUUUGCUUCAUCUCCCUGAGAAAAAAUCCCCGAAUGGGCCAAAAUUCGCCCAAGCGUUUUUUACAGCCAAUUAUGAGUUGGGAGCUGACCGACACGAUAAAGUCACAAUUGACGGAAAGGCCAUAAGUCUAGCUGAUGGAACAACUGAGGCAAACAUUGAACCAGUCGGAACAAAUAGCGAACACUUUAAGAUUGAGAAGAAGAGUGACGGUAGUGGUUAUGAGCUGAGUUUGGUUUCGAAUUUGGAUGAUUCGGUUUUGAUUGGUGAAGCUGAUGUGGUUUUGACGUUGAAAGCAACGCUUGGUGGUGACGUUGGAGAGGGAACUUUGGUGGUGAAACUGCCCAAAAAGACAGCACCGGCUUCGUUUAAACAACCAAACUAUGUGGCUAAGUACAACAUGGACACUGAUCCACACACAAUUGACAUGGACGGGAUUGAACUCGAGGGUGACUAUUUGGACGACACUGUGAUUACUUUGAAAGUGGAUGAUGGACUCGAAGACUAUUUUACAAUUAAUGACAAAAGUCCGUACAAAAUUGCGUUAACUAAGAAUCUGGAUGAUACGGUACUGAACAGUCAACACGAAGUUGUAGUUACUGUAGUUGCAACACUUGAUAAAACCUCGACCACAACUUCCGUGAUUGUAACAAUCCCAGACUUGCCAACACCACCAAACUUUAAGGCGAGCGUAUACUAUGGCAAAUAUGACAGUGAUAAGAAAGUUGUAACCCUUGAUGAUCCAAUCGAAACCGAUGCCAAAGAUUCAAGUAUCGUUCACAUCACUGCAGAAAAGCCCUAUGACACAAACUUUGCUGUAGAGUAUGACAAAACGAACGGUUUCGCUGUUAAAGUAACACAGCCGCUUGAUGACGAAACCGUACAAAAUAACAACGAAAUCUUUGUGGUUUUUGAUGCCACAGUUGACCGUGCUGUGGCUCACACUUCGGCCACUUUGGUCCUCAAAAUGCCCACUGAACUGAACCAAAUCGUGCCGAAAUUUUCCGAGGCAUUUUACAACGCCCAGUUGGACGAAAAGACUGUCACGAUAAAAUCACCGAUCACUAUCACCAGUGACAAAGCCGGCGAUACGCAAGUUGAAGUGAUUGACGAUUACAAGGAAUAUUUUGGAGCGGAAUUUGAUGGUACGAGUUGGCAGUUGACAGUGGUUAAGGAACUAGAAACAGCUCUGACGGAAAUUGUUGUAACGCUGGAAGCGUCCUUGCCAGGUGAUGACAUUAAAACAACCACCACUGUGAUUAUGGCUCUGCCAGAUCACGGUUUAACACCAAGUCCUAAGUUUACGGUACCUCUCUAUGAGGCUGAAUAUGUGGACGAUGAACCGCCCUCUCUUAAAAUCACUGAUCCGAUCACACUCCAAGCCGGGUUUAAAGAUGCUACAGUAACUGUUGGUUCUAAUGAUUAUCAACAGUACUUCAAACUUGCGCAAAACAAGGACAAUGCGCUUCAGUGGGAUAUCAGCUUAAGUAAACCACUAACUGACGAUAUUCUUAAAAACAACGCGCAACUUGUCGUAACUCUGAAGGCCGAUUUGGAAAAUUCGGAAGGUCCAGAGUUUGCGACACUAGUCAUCAAACUGCCUGCGCAAUCUCAGGAAACUGUAUCUUUUGGUGAAAGUUACUACACUGCCGAUUACACUGUGGAAAAGGACAAAGACAAAAUAAAUUCCUCUGAAAUUACUGUAAGUGAAGGCGCCACAGUCACAGUGAUUAAAGAAUACACCGACUACUUUGGGGUCAGUUGUGCCGACAAAAAGUGUGUCUUGACAGUGAAAAAAAAUCUUGAAGAUGAUGUUUUAAACACGAAAAAUGAAAUUAUCGUUGUAUUGCAAGCCACAAAGACAGAUGUUGCCGAAAAACCGACAGUGCCAGUUAUUGUGAGUUUGCCCUUGCAAGACUCUAUCGAAGCACCGAAAUUCGAACAAAUUGUCUACACUGCUGAUUAUGAUAAGGAAAGUAGCACAAUAUCGGCGAAUUCGAUCAAAUUUAAAGACACUGAGACUAAAGGCAUAACAGUGGCAAUUGAUCCUACGUCAGACUAUAAGAAUAAUUUCAAAGUGACUUCUAAAACGGACCAUUGGGAAGUUGAAGUCAGUCAGGCAUUAGAUGUCAGCGGUAAAGUUUCGAUUUCCUUUAUUUUACAAGCAACGAAAGAAGGUGUUCAAACAAUGGGGGAAGCUGUCUUUGUGGUCAAUCUUCCAGCGAAUGAAGAUACAUCGGUUGUGGAAUUCAGUCGAGUGACUUACACCGGCAAAUACAAUGUCAAGGAUACAACCGACGAAGUGGUUUUGGAGCAAAAUAUUCAAAUCAAGGGAAUUAGUGAUACUAGCAAAGCAAAGUUAAUUAUAGAAGGUGGGAGUAAUAAGGACAACUUUGAGAUAAAGGCAUCCGAAGAGCAGAAAGACCAAUGGAUUAUCGGUGUUAAAACUGAUCUUCCGAAUGAAAUUUUGGAUACUGAAACUUCGAUCGUUCUAACUUUGCAAGCGACAGUGAAUGAAACUUCAAGUAGUGGAGAAGUUGGGGUUGUAAUUAAUCUUCCAAAGGCAUAUACCCCCACGAGUUUUUACUUCACCAGUACCUCAUACACCGCUGACUAUGAAAUCAAAAAUAACUCCCCUGAAUUAAAGGUAGAUUCGAAAAUUUCAAUCGAAAAUGAUCCAGACAGUACGGCCACAACAGUGAAACUCUCAGGAGAUUUUGCCAAAUAUUUUGCCGCUGAUUAUUCCAAAGGCAUAGUAACGAUAACUCUAUCAAAGGCAAUUCCCAACGAAAUUGUCGAAAAACAGUCAGCCCUUCCGGUGACAAUCGAAGCAGCAAAAAAAGACAAUCAAGUCGCGAGAGCGGUCUUGGUGGUCAGACUUCCCAAGGAGACAAGCCAAAAUGACGACGAUGACUCGUCCGAUGACCAAACCGGCCUGAUUGCCGCAGUCGCAGUUUUGGCCGUUUUGUUGGUCGCCUCUCUGGUCGGAAGUGCCGUUUUCUACUACUUCAAAUUCAAAACUGCAAAAAACUACAGCAACAUGAGUGACAGUCCGCGGCCUUCGGAACGCUUCAGGAAAAACAGUGCCGGGCUUGACACAAAACAUAAGUUUGAACAUGCGACCAGACGACCAACGGGGGUUAUCAAGUACCCGCUCAAAGACGACGAGAGCACUGAUUGCGUGGAAGAGCCAAUAAGCGAGAAACGAAAAUCGGUGCAGUUUGAUGUUAUACACAUCGAUGAGUUGGAAAUAGAGCCCGAAAAAACCGACGAUGAGGAUAACGAAAAUGUUUACGAAAAUGUUGACAGUGAUAGUGACCACAGGCGGAACUCUGAGGCCUAGCCCGUUGAUAUUAUUUACACAUGCUUUAAUCUGAUAUUUAUAAUUAUUUAAAAUAAAGUUCAACUCUCCAAUACUGAUGUGCAAAAAUUAGAA